AUGUCCGCCGCUAUUGCCCUGGCCAAGGGCAUCGCACAAACUCUCCUGAGUGGCAGUCACGAUCGGCGGCAUAUGUAUCCGCCUCGCCCAACUCAUGUACCGCAUCUCUGCAAGAAGCAGCGGUGGCGUUUUGCAGCGCCAGUCCAUGCUCCCCUAUGUUGCGGGCAGCGGAAACGGUGCGGCAGCUAA